UUCCACACGAACAGGACGUGUGAAGGACUUGUAAACAAAACUUCAGUCGGACAGCUCGAUUUUUACCACGAUCUCACAGAAAUAUUGUUUACAGAUGAUUUAAAGGAGGAGAGCGCCUGUUUUCAACUCUUUAAGCAUCUCAUAUUUUUGUUUAUAUUAUUCAAUGAGAAAUAUAAUAUAGGAAUAUAGCUUGUGAAUGUUACAAAAGUAACGAAUGCUAACGUGUCCCUUGAGCUGUCAAAGAAAAGCAAAACAACAGCUCGAAAGCAGCUCAGUUUUCUUGGAUUUCGUUUUUGAAGGCUAGUGACGUCAUAUUCUUUUCUGAAUCCACAAAGGAAAAUUAAAUUGGUAACACCUAAUUCAAUGUGUAGAUCUGCUUCGCGUGUUUACUUUUGGUACUCACUCUCACUUUCAACAGACGCACAAAAAUGUUGAGUUUUUUCGGAUUCAAGAAGGAUGGAGCCAAAAAAUCUUCAUCCGAGAAAGAAACGGAUGGAUUCGUCAUUAUUGGUGAAACUGUGGAGGAGCAGCGACAGAAAAUGCAGUCCUUGGACAUUGUGCAGCUGACAACAAAUGUAAUUGUACAGCCAUCUAAGCCAUCCAGCGCUGGGAUCAGAGGAAUCACAGAGAGGGCUCAGCCUUCCUCCCAGGCCACGUCGGCUAAGACGUCCACAGAAACACACAACACAGAUGUUACCCCUGCACUCCCUGAACUUCUAGGAGACAUACCCUUCACCCUAGCACCACACAUCCUCGCCAUGCAGGCGGGCCUACCCCUUGUUCCAGAUAUCAUCUUGCCUCUCAACAUCAAUGACAAGCUAGACAACUUUUGUUAUGACUUCACCUUGGAAAACUCAGUGCUUUGUGAGCCGUGACUCUCUAUCUUUAACGUGAUGAACUAUGGUUGACAUGAUACUCCUUAACCGUUUGCCUUUUCUUAAGAAAAUUACUUUCUGUCAGCUGGCCUAAAAAUUAGUUACUGACCAUAAUGUGGUGGGCUCACUCUGACAUAUCGUCCAAUCAGAAAAAAGUUAGUGAAUUAGCUUCAAGAUAGUUUACAGUCUCUCAGGAUGUUACAACAUUUGCUUGUGUGAAAUGAGUGUGUUAUUGCCUCAUUUUUAAAUGACUAGUUUACAUAAAAAUGAAAAUUCUGUCAUUUACUCACCGUCAUGUUGUACCAAUGCCGUGCCACUUUUAUCGAUAUAACAUAAAAAGUGGAUAUUUAAAGAAAAUCCUGGCCACUAUGUUUCAUCAUUUUUUUUUUUUUUUUUUUUUUUGGUGGUUAAAACAGUAGAUGAGUAUUUGGAAGAUUUAUUCUGGCUUUAAUUUGUAAUUUUUUUUUAUGUAGCUUUUGACUGUUGGGUCCUGUAGCAUAAGAAGAUAUGCUGAAAUGAAAUUAAUUUUGAUCAUUGUUUUGAAGCUACUGCGUUCUUUAGUAGUUUAAUUCGACUGUUUGACGUUUCAGUCAUCACAGUCUGUGUUGGCCUUUCCUCAAUUUUUACAAAGCUAAGCCAAGACUCUAUAGACUUUACUUGCCGAUUAGUCACUAAAAGCAUUCAUGAUGCGCAGAGAAAUUAUUUUUCAGUAAUAUAUCUAUAACAGAUUUAUCAAUCAACAAUGUAGUUCUGAUAAAUGUUUAUUAAAUCUUGUUGUGCAAUCAUAAUGGCCUUUUGGCUAGUCCACUGUUUGAUGUAUACCAAUAAGAAACCUUAUUAAGUCACAUAUGUUAGGAUUCCACUUACAUUGGAGUUUGGGACUUUGGAAUCAUCAUUAUAAAGAGGCCAACAUUAUUUCUCUAAUUUUUAAAUGUGUAUUUGAAAUCAUUUUUUGUGUGUGUGUGUGUGUGUGUGUGUGUGUGUGCAUGUUGAAUACAUCAGCUGAUGUUUGGUUUAAUGCAUGAUAUUUUGAGGUUCUGCCAUAAACAUAACACCCCAUUUUGGGAGGCAGACAUGUAUUGUAGCAUUUACUGUUCUGUUGUAAUAGGACACAGUUGUUGAGCUGUUUUUCUUUCUUUCAUAUGAAUAUCAGUUAGUGAAUGGGUUUAUCAUGUGUGCUGCUAUUAACACAAUGCACUCAGGAGUCAGAAGUCUCUUCACUUCCUCUGUACCUUAUUCUUGUAGUUGGAAAUUAGUAAUAGUUUCGUUUAUUUAAUUGAUAACCCACAUCCAUUUUUACAUUUGACUAUUUAUCUUUGUUUUGGUUUGUCUUUCAACCUGACAUGUUUAUCUCAAUUGAGGUCAGCAUCAUCCUCAAUUUAUCUCUGAUCUAACCUUUUUAAAACACUGAAACAACUGUACAGAUCAAAUAAAAUGGGGCUAUGUUUGCAUUGUAGAUUGUUUGCCCUUUAAAAAUGUCUGUAAAAUAAUUUAUUGGCACUUCAGGUAAAUGUUAUGUGGUCACCUCUUCAAUGGACUGUCCUUUCCUAUCUGUUCAUGCCUGAGAGAGUCCCAAAGUCUGAUCCCAAAUUGUUUAUGCUAAAUGUCUGAAAUGAAGAACAAAAUGUAAUGAGAUAUUGUUUAAUAAAAAUUUUGUUUGA